AUGGUUUCCAAUUCCAUCGCAUUUUUCACUUCUCAAAUCAUUGCCACGAUAAUUUUCUCCUCUUUUCUCUUUAACAUUUCAUCUGCAACCUAUCCUCCUCCUCGCCCUUUUAAGAAAAUCUACGCCUUCGGCGACUCCUACACCGACACUGGCAACACCCGGACGGCCACUGGUCCAAUCAUCUUCAACUACGUAUCCAACCCUCCUUACGGAAUUACAUACUUCCACCAUUCCACGAACCGUUACUCGGACGGCCGUCUUGUUAUCGAUUUCGUGGCAGAAGCCCUUUCGCUCCCUUUUCUUCCGCCGUACGUCAACCCCACGGCGGAUACGUCACACGGCGUGAACUUCGCCGUUGCCGGUGCAACUGCCAUAAAACGCAGUUUCUUUGUUAAAAACAAUCUUACCUUAAAUCGUGUUCCUCAGACACUCCAAACUCAGUUGAACUGGUUCGAUAAGUUUUUGGGAAGUAAAGGGUGUAAGGAUUCAAAAAUAAGUGCAAAAGAGUGCAAGAAAGAUUUAGAUGAUGCCUUGUUUUGGAUAGGUGAAAUUGGAGCCAAUGAUUAUUCUACUAGUAUUGGAUCUCAAGUCCCAAGAAAAACCAUUCAACAGCUUGGAAUCAACAGUCACACUCGUUUUCUGCGGGCAUUACUAAAUAAGGGCGCAAAGUAUAUUGUCGUUCAAGGUCUACCUCCAAUGGGGUGCAUGACCUAUUCCUUCGUAAUCUCCUCUCCCGAAGACAGAGACGAAUUAGGCUGUGUGGCGAGCAUGAACAAGCAAGUGUCCAUUCACAACGCUGCACUCCAAGGAAAAUUGAACAUUCUCAGAAAGGAAUUCCCAAAAUCCGUCAUUCUUUACGCAGAUUUCUAUAAUGCCCACUCAACAGUACUCAAGAAUGCAAAAAAGUACGGAUUCAAAGAACUGUACAAGGCUUGCUGUGGCUAUGGAGGUAGAAUGUACAACUUCGAUUUUUUCAACUGCUGCGGUUCUCCUUCCUCCAGUUCUUGCGCGAACCCUUCGCAGUAUAUUAACUGGGAUGGAGCUCAUCUUACGGAAGCAGCGUAUAAGUUGAUGGCGGAUUCGUUUCUUAAUGGCACGGAUUGUCGUCCCCCUUUUAAUUAUUUGCUGAACAAGAAACUANUGGCGGAUUCGUUUCUUAAUGGCACGGAUUGUCGUCCCCCUUUUAAUUAUUUGCUGAACAAGAAACUACAAUCGGGAUAA